UUUAUAUAAAUAUCUCUAUAAAUCUUAAUUUUUAAUCUGAAAAACACUAGUAUAAGCACCCUGACGCUGGUCGUCAAAAAUCCACUCACAUUAUUGUCCGGAUUUAUGUGAAGACGGUCUCAAUUAAUUUUAUAGGUUCACAUACCACCUAUAAACAAAUCUUAUGUCUGAAUAUGUUUGGAUAAAAGUGUUGUUAAGAAUCUUCAGAUAAGUAUAUUAUGUCAAAAGGAAAAUGUUGUCUUUCUAAAUUUAAUCAUGACUUUUAUGAUUAUUAAAACUAUCAUUCUGUGUGUAUAUGUGACACGGUAAUGUUCAACUAAGUUCAUAUUUGAUAUUCAAUUUGAUAUGCUCUUCCAGUUAAACUUUCCUCUGUUAUUUGAUAUUGUUCAAAUUAGAGAAUGACUUAAAAAAAAACUAAUAAACUAAUCACCAACUCGAGAUCUGAUAAUAAUCUUUGACAGAUACUUGGGUUUAUGCCUCAAAUAUCAGAUAAAUACUAAUUUGUUAAGAGCUUGUCAACAAUAUUUACUCAAUAAUAGUUUAUGUUUAUAUUAAAGUUUGUGUUUUUCAUCGUUCAUUUUUGCAAUUUAUUAGUCCAUAUUAAAAUAAUAAUCAAUAGCUAUUGAAGUUAAAAGUAUGAGGGAACUUUUUUUAUACAUUUAUACAUUACGUUUACAUGAAAUACGUUAAUACAUAUCCUAUCUUUUCAAAUAAGUAAAUAAACCUUUGUUUGUUUGUAAUCUAAAAACCGCUCUUAACAAGUACCACGACUCGGCGUACGACCUUGAUGCGGAAUCAAAUUUAAUAAUAUAAUGAUCGCAUAGUUUACAAUUGAACGUGCCGGUGUUAACAUGGGGGACAUUAAAAAUAUCAGCGAGGCUCUCCAAGAACACUUACAAAUCGAUGAAGAAAUACGUAACUGUGCAACUGGACCAUUAACUGCAGCUGGUGACAAUUACGGCGGCAUUAUUUUAAAAGCGAACAUAGAAAUCCACAACAAGAGGACAAAAUCCGACCGAACACUUCAAGCAAUCGUGAAGUUAAUACCCGAAAAUGAGUUUUUAAGGCAAAUUUUUAACUCUAAUGUUACUUUUAAAAAUGAAAUCGAGUUCUACAGAACGGUGAUACCGUUGCUGCAAAACUUCCAAAGAGAUAAUGGGAUGGACGUUGCGGAUUACUUUCCCACAUACUAUGGAUCCAAAAUAAGUUUCGAUGCAGAUGGGAACAUUAAGGACGAUUCAGUGUUAAUUUUGGAGAACUUAAAAGUGAAAAAUUUUACUGUAGACGAUCGACUGCGUGGAGUGGACUUAGCAACGGCUAAAUUGACGUUAAAAAAUCUAGCCAACCUCCAAGCAACUGUUGUGGCAUUUAAACUGAAGUUUCCGCAAGUUUUCCAAGAAAAAGUUUGCCCAUACUUAGGUGGCGCCUUAAUGCAAACCGCAUUGCCGGAAGUUGUGUACCAAAAACAGAAAAAGGACUGUUUCAAAAUACUAUCUGAGAAUGAUGAACUUGUUCACUUGAAGGCUAAAAUCGACGGCAAAUUUGAGAUGCCCAAAGUGUAUCCGCCACGGGAACCUUGGGCGACUAUCGUUCAUGCAGAUUUGUGGGUCAAUAACACCAUGACCAGAAUUGUAAACAAUAAUCCGGUAGAAAUAAAACUUAUCGACUUCCAAACUAUCCAACUGGCGUCACCAGCUGAUGAUCUACUCAUGUACAUUUUUACAAGUUUACGAAACGAGUUGUUGGAAGAAAAUUUGGAAUUACUCUUGAAGUACUACUAUGAUGAGUUCAUUGCCACCUUAACCAGUCUGAAGUGUGCCACUGGACCAUUCACGUAUGAGUCAUACAAAAGGGAAAUCCACACCGCCUUCAAAGAUUGGCAGUUCAAUCACAUUGUUUCAAUGUGCUAUCCAGUGUUUAAAACUGGAAUGAAAGAAGAGCAGAUGAAGGAAUUUACUCACGAGACGUUGAUGGAGGAAGAAGAAUUGAGCGACGAACAUAAAAACAAGAUAAAAACGAUUUUACCAAUCUUUGAAAAAUUAGGUUGGAUUUAAUAAUGUAUAUUAGUGUGAUAAAAUAUAAUUAUUUUAAAUUAUGUGUUUCUAAUUUG